GAAGCCCAGAGACAGCAGUCGUGUAGCAGCAGCAUUUCAGGGAUUAUGCCCAGGUCACCCUGGUCACUAUAGAGCACAUAUGUUCUAGCAGGAUAUGAAAAGGAAUUUCAAGAAUGAGCCUAGGAGUCUUAUGACAUUCUCUUGACCAUCCCCAUGAUUCUGUGGGGCUCUAGACCAUCCUCGAGGAUACAAGAGUGACAAGCCACAACUACAUCAAAAUUGGUAGCAAACAAGGAGGAGGAAACUGGAAUGAUCCCAUCGACAUUACCAGUUCCCCCAAAGAGCUCCAGAGCUGGGCGUGUCCUCCUAACAUGGCCUCCACCACCUCCCCUCUGCCACCUACCACUAAGGUUGCCAGUUCUGAGAACAGCAGCUCCUUCUAUGACUAUGAGUACUACCUGGACAGCGUGGCCUUCAUGCUCUGCCGGAAGGAUGAGGUGAUGUCCUUUGGCAGGAUCUUCCUGCCAGUCUUCUACAGCCUCAUCUUUGUGCUGGGUUUGGGCGGAAACCUCUUUCUGCUAGUGGUCUUGCUCCGGUACAUGCCUCGCAGGCGGAUGACUGAGGUCUAUCUGCUGAACCUGGCCAUCUCCAACCUCCUGUUUGUGGUGACACUGCCUUUUUGGGGCAUCUCUGUGGCCUGGCAUUGGGUCUUUGGGAGUUUCUUAUGCAAGACGGUGAGCACCCUCUACACCAUCAACUUCUACAGUGGCAUCUUCUUCAUUAGCUGCAUGAGCCUGGACAAGUACCUGGAGAUUGUUCACACUCAGCCCCACCACAGGCUGCGGACCCGGGCCAAAAGCCUGCUCCUGGCUGCCAUGGUAUGGACUGUGGCCCUGGCUGUCUCCAUCCCUGACAUGGUCUUUGUGAAGACACAUGAAAACCCCACGGGCGUGUGGAACUGCUAUGCAGAUUUCGGGGGACAUGGGACCAAGUGGAAGCUCUUCCUCCGUUUCCAGCAGAACCUCCUGGGGUUUCUCCUUCCACUCCUUAUCAUGAUUUUCUUCUACUCCCGCAUUGGCUCUGUGCUGGUCCGGCUGAGGCCCCCAGGCCAGGGCCGGGCUCUCAAGAUAGUCAUAGCCCUGGUGGUGGCCUUCUUUGUGCUGUGGUUCCCAUACAACAUCACCUUGUUUCUGCACUCACUGUUGGACCUGCAAAUCUUUGGGGACUGCAAGGUGAGUCAGCACUUGGACUAUGCACUGCAGGUGACGGAGAGCAUUGCCUUCCUUCACUGCUGCUUCACUCCCAUUCUCUAUGCUUUCUCCAGCCGCCACUUCCGCCAGUACCUAAAGGCUUUCCUCAUCACUGUGCUCCGACGCAACCAGGCACCUUGCCCUGCACAGGCCCCCCUGUCCAGCUGUUCUGAGAGCAGCAGGCUCACUGCCCAAGAAGAAAUGACUGGCAUGAAUGACCUUGGGGAGAGGCAGGCUGAGCACUCCCCCGACAAGAGUGAUACAGGGAAAAAUGAAGCUUGAGUAGCCAUACCACAGUCUGGUGAGAGUGGGUGGGACCCGGCUCAGUUGGGCAUCCACCCAAAGUCGUCUUUUCAAGGGCCUCAUGGACCAUGUUGCCAAACCCAGUGGUCAGUUCUCAGGUCUCAACCAUCAGCAGCAUUUACUUACCCCUGCCUCUUCCUUUCACUUUCUUUAUUGCCUUCCAGGAAACCAUACUCUCUUGCAUGAAUUGCUACAGUAGUGUCCUAACUGACUGACCUUUAUGCUUCUUAUUGUCAUGCUGUGUCCUGUCUUCUAAUCUGCUCCCAGCAGCCAGAAUGAUCACCCACCCUCAGCCAUCACUCCCAUUUGCCUCAGCGUAGCCCAAGGCUUGCCACCCACCAGGGUGCUCUCUUUCCUGUAGCUCAGCUGGGAAAAUAUUGUUGCAAUAUUGUUUAAUGUCAGAGCCUUGAUGGCAGCACCAAGGCUCUGGGGACCCAGGAGGCCUGGCAGUGCCCCACCUGGGGAACUUACCAGAAACGUGAGAGUCAGCAGGUGGGAGGCUAAGUGCACACAGGUUCCUGGCAGCCCAGGAGGAUCUUCCUCCCAGUGCUUCCCAUUCCCCACUCUGGAGCCUUCCAGGGUCACUGGAGCCUGAACAAUCAAGUCUAAAACUUUUGUCUGGCUUCAGGGCUGGAGCUCUCACAUGUGGAAUCCCACACACUGUCUUACCCUUAUACUCUUUCAUUCCUUUUCAUUUCCUGGACACCGGGCACCCCUUGUCUCUUGCACAUUCCCACCUCUGUGUUUUUUGCUGGCCCAUUCUCCUGUGUAACAGGGAUCAUUUUUUGGCCAGCUGUCCCCUCAGCCUUGUUCUCUAGCUCUCUCUCCUAAGGCCCCCAAGUCCCAUGGUUAGGAAGGACUCUGAGCUCCCCUGGUGCCCUGAGAAAUGAAGCUCUGUACCUGAAGGUGGUGAUUCAUCUGAGAAUGUGGGGGUUGGGGUUCUGUUUUAGAGCUCAUAAAAUCUGGCCCACAAGGGACCUCAGUCAUGCCCACAUAGCAGCCUGACUGGUGGGAUACAGCCUGAGCUGUACCAACUGGGUCUAGGUACCCCUAGUCUCUGACAUCAUAUCCAUGAUGCAUAGAUGAGAUGGGUGAGGUAUGCCAGCCAAGGGACACCUAUCAGGGCUUAUCCCCAGCACUGGAAGAUGUGUGUGUGUGUGUGUGUGGUGGGGGGAUGUCGAUGUGCAUCUGUCUGUGUUGCUGUGUGGGUUGUGCAUAGUACAUACAGCUGUCUGUGGAUCUGACAUGAACAUGUCACUGUGUCCCCAUGGGCCUUGUGUCUGUGUGUUCCUAUGUGUCUUUCUUUAGCUGUGUAAGUGUGGGUAUGUGCUCUGCAAACAACAGGUAUAUAAGAAGUGCCCUGAAGCCUGUGCUCAAGGGGGAGGGGAAGGACUGGUCACCGGUGACCCAUCGAUCCCUUUCACUGUCCUAGUUGCCAUGUACUGCAGCUGACCAUAGCGAGGGCUCUGACUACAGCACAGAAGGCACUGGUCAGGGAGCGAGUUGGAGCUGGGCUCUCAGAGCCCAGGCCAGGCCAGAGACCUCUUCAUCCCGACCUUACUUCCCAGCCUGGACCUCGGUUCCUCCUGCUGCUCUCCGUCUGCUGACCCACAGGCCUGGCUCGCUGGCUACACUGCUCACAUCUUUCCAGGAAAGCUCCCAGGAUUCUCUUGGUCCUCAGACUCUGCGACAAGAUGGACUCCUCCCCUGGCUGGCCCAGGGAGAGGGACAGGCAUGGCUCUGCCUCUACCCUGUGAAAUGUGGUUUGAGGGUUUACAGCUGUUACUGCCUAUGGGGAAAAAUGUUUUUUUUCUUUCCCAGGUGCCUGCAAUUCCACCAUUGGCAUGCCAUCCCUGAUCUUGCUUUGUUACAAGCUGUCCUCAGAGGAUAUACAUAGUGGGCUUUUCUUUGAAGGACAGAAAAUUUGGUGCAGAAGUGAGGAUUUGGGGGUCAGGAUUGUUGUGUCAGGACAGGCAGUGACUAGAUGUAUCCUUAGGGGUCUCAGUCUUCCUACUGCCUCAAGGCCCUCGCAGAGAGUGUGUCCAGUCCCCAUGCAAGGGGCGUGGGACUACAGGUGCUAUGGGCCCCUCCUGUGCCCGCAGGUGGGCAGUGGCCUCUACAUGCACACUCUAAUCCUGGGAUCUCACUGCUUCCGGGGAGGCCUGUUAGGGUGGAUGUCCAUGACUGUGGCACUGUAUACUGCCCCUGACCCACUGAGGCUUCCCUUGGUCCCAGGCAUACCCUCAAACAUGGAGUGCCUGGGAGAUCACUCUCAGUUGAGACCUCUUGGUCUUGACUCAAUGGAUUUAGGCCCUCAGUCCUGCCCCCCAGCCUGUUGACAGGCCAGAUUUCUUUGGGUAUAGGGAAAAUGAGGGGGUGUAGCACCUACAUCUGAGCAGUACCCAGGAGGUGUGUGAAGGCCCUGCAUCUUUGCCCAUCCGUAUCUCAAUACCUGCUCUGGCACAGGGCCUGGCUGUGUGGGGAGGUCAUUGAUAAGCUUCCUGCGGUGGCUCCCAGCCUCUCAGGCCCCUUCUCCCUCUCCCAUUCUCCCUGUGUGUCUCUUCUUGUGCUCCUGGCUCCUUGUGGAAUAGGUUAGGAUAUCCUGGCUUCUCCAAGGUAGUCAGAGCUCUGUCAGGCUCCAGACAGAUGUCAUCAUUUUGGGGCAGCUAGACCUUGGCCUCUGUCACAUAGCUAGUAGGGACAGACUCCUGCCUCCAGACCCCAGCCCCUGCCAGAGUUACUCUAAUAGCCUGGUAUCUUGGAAAAACUCAGGGCAGAACAGCCAGCCUCAAAAAAAUGCAAGAGGCCAGUCAUAGAUUUGGGAUAGGUGAGUAGAGAGAAGCCCACUGGGCAUCCUUGCAGGGGGUCUCUGCUGCCUGGCCUCCCUUCUCCAGGACCCUCUGUGGGCUCCCACAGUCACAGUCCCUCCUGUCCCAGCCCCAGCCAGGGCCCUUCCAUCAGCCAGCUGUGGCUCUGGAAGCAGCACUUGGAGCCCUGGUAGGCAUGCCUGGCAGCGGGACUGUCUCCAUGUCAUAUGCCAGGAAGCUGAGUGAGGCCAGGGAGGGGA